ACAUCUCAAUGGGUAUUUCACAUCACAUGGAUGCAUACCUUUGUAUUGGAGUCAGAAUUGCUGAAAUGUAUAGUAGGCCUACUACUCGUUUUGAUCAGAUACAAAGAAAUGUCAAUGUCAGUCAUUUUUUCCCUACGAGGUUGCCAUAGUUUUACUGUGAAUGAUGGGCGACAGGGAGGUUCCAGUGAACGCAAAUUGGAUAUCGUGCUGCCCAGCGGUAGCCAAGUUCACAGUAUGCGAGCAGGGAUAAACUUUUCAAUAAAUGCGAUCAUUUGAAUCUUCAUUGUCAUGGACACAGCUGAGGUUAACCUGCAGGUUAUAAACACGCAUUAUCAGAGGGCUUUCGACUGCCUCAACACAGGACUCUCAGAGGAUGAGGCAGGACGCAAGGCCACUGCGUUGAUGUUCUAUAGGCUGGGCCGCCAGCACCUCCUUCAAGGGCUUGAAGUCUCCACCCAUGGAGAGACAUGUGUUGGUGCUGCCUGGGAGUCAGCGAGGCAGAUGCAGCUGAAGAUGAAUGAGACUCUGAGCACCAUCACAACACGCUUGGCCAUAUUAGAGACGACACCCACACAGGAGAAUGCCGGAGCCCAAACCCAGCACCUUUACCCAGCCUUGCCUAUCUUACAGACAGAUUCCACGCGCAGUGCAACAGCAGUCCCUGUCCGGAGCCUGUAUCCAAACCUGCCUCGGAUAGAGGAGCCGGCAUCUCCGGGAGCAGUCCUGUCAGACAACCUGCUGGGUGCAGGUGAAGUUUCUUCUUUGCCCGUCUCUCCUGUGAUGGUGCUGGGGGUACCUGGAGAUCAGCCCCCUGCCUACACUCCCCAACCCUCUGAUGGUCACCUCUCCCUCUCCCAUGGCACAGACAAGGAGGUGAUGUCUGCACAGGAUGACUGGGAGCUAGUGGACAGACCACAAGUCACACAGAGUCAAGAGAUCAACGGUGAGGAGCUCUUUUACUUGGCCCAGGGAGUACAGAUUUUCUUUGUUGCAGCAGAUGGCCAAGUCAGUGCGCCUUCCUAUCCGGGAUUUUUGCGCAUAAUUGUAUGUACCAGGAACCAGCAUACAGACCCCUCUCUGGGCCAUCCCCCUGCAUACUUACAGGUAUGCAAUUGGCUCUACCCACUGUACUCCGACUUGCCUGUCCUGCUUAGUAACACAGGCGUGUUCACAUUCCCCGACACCACCGCCAGCACACCUGGUUCCUAUGUGGGCGUGGUGCUCUCAUCUGGGCUGCCUGCAUCAGAUCGAGCUCGCUUUCACCAACAUUUGUCCCAGCUUACUCUUCUCAGGGUUCAGACUGCAGAUGAGAAUGCUGCCGUGGAGGCCAUUGACCUGGGUGAGAAGAUUCCCAUAGGACAUGCCGCAGAGGGGAAGACUCUGCCUGAGUGGAGUGACAAAUUGGCUCAGAACAUCCUUGCAGGGGCAUCUUGGCUGGGCCGUGGGCUGGUGAAGGGAGGAAACUAUGCCGGGAAGGCGAUCCAGAAAGGAGCAUCCUCGCUGAGGGACCACAUGACCCCACGGGAGGUACCUGCUGAGGUCAGCCCCAAAGUCAGCAAGGGCCUCAAUGCUACUAAGGAGGCCACUGGCGGAGCUGUCAAAGUCAGCCAGUUUAUUGUGGAUGGUAUAGCUACUGUGGCUGAUAAGGUUGGGAAGGAGUUGGCACCACAUGUGAAGAAGCAUGGCAGUAAGCUGAUUCCAGAAUCACUGAAGAAGAACAAAGAUGGCCACUCAAAUAUAGACGGAGCACUAAUGGUUGCCUCAAGUAGCUUACAAGGACUUUCAACUGUGUGGACGAGUAUGGAGACAGCAGCAAAAAACAUUGGGAAAAGUCUAGCUUCAGAGACUGUCCAAACUGUCAGACACAAAUUUAGAGGUCUAGAACUCAUCUGGGAUCGUCCUAAGAACAUGUAACAGACCUGAAUAGACUAGUGAAGACAUUUUGACUGAAUAUUGAUUUGCAGUUCUACUAAUUUUGUCUGACUUUCUCGAUAUCUUCAGUGCCUUACUUGGGGAAUAAUAGUAUAUAAAGGUGGCUAUCAUCUGCAAUACAAAUGUUUUGGCCUUAUAUUUACUAAUAAAAAUUUGCAAUGGGAUGUUGAUCUCUGUGUGCAUUCAUUUCUUACUUGUUAGUAGUGUUUCCAUCUCUGCGUAAGAUAGGCUUUGAGAUGCAAAUUGUUUUUACGGAGCUGUCGUCUUUUACACUAACUUUGUUUCACCUAUUAAGGUGCUAUCUAGAACUUUUCAGAGGGUUACCAUCUCUGGAAAAAAAGACUGAUUUAUAGAGGGAUCUAGAUAGCGCCUUAAAAUAAAAUAAAAGUGAUCUCUGAUGCCCUACACAACCAGCUAAUGCCAAUGGCUCUCCGCUAAACAAGUCACACUUGCGCUGCAUCUGCAGACAUCCCUCUAACUCUUC